UUCAUUCCCUUCAAAAAUUCAUUAACACUAAUACUGUGCAGCAUGGUAGGCAAUAAGGCAAGCCAGCAGAACAGAAAAUUAGUGCGACUUCUCACCCUGCCGGCGAGGUGUUUGACGCGAGCGAGAGACUAUUACGUGAAAGGUAUGAACAGAUGCGCUGUGAAUCCCCCGAAGCAAAGAAUUCGGAGAAGUUACAGCUCUGCCUCUGCCACCGCACGCCGCACCUCAAACGCCGUGGACGACAGCGAGGAUUUCCGGGAGCUUCUCCGGGCGGCUUCCGGCAGGAAAGAGGGUAACGCGGCGGUGGUGCAGCCGCCGCAGAUGCGGUUGCGGAAGACGCCCAGGAGUUGCAGCGUGGCGAUGGGGAGGAUUGAUGAAGAGAAGCCUUGUUUCUUUGAAAAGGAAGAUGAUGAUAACAAUAAUAAUAUUUAUGUGAUCAAUCCUCAGCUCCAUUACUAUCCUAGAAGCAAAAGUCAUGCAAUCACAAAAAGGACCACUCUUGGCUUCUGAAAUGCAAAAACGCUCAUUCUUAAAAGUUUUCGUGUGUCAUAGAUUAAGACAGGAGUACUCGAGAAUGUUAUAUUGUACUCCUUAUUGUACUUAAAUUUAAGAAUUUUGCAGCUUAAACAUGAGUGGUUUAUGAUAGUGUUAAUUCUUUCAUGUACUCAAACAUCUGAAUCGUGUAGAAGAAUUGUAUGCAAAAUAUGUAAAGUAUAAUGUAUAGUAGAUCCAGAAAAUGACUCUCAAUUCAUCCA